ACACCGAAUCGACCCAUAAUUAGGUCAUAGAGGAGCCAAAGGAAACCAUAGCUACACUGUUUCUCACUCUGGCUCUGCCCAUGACAUUUUGUUUGUGUAGAGAUCCUGCUGUACGCCCAGCUGAGAGGAAUACUGAUCAGUUUGUUGUUGCUGGGAGCAACUCUUGGGGGAGGGGGCUUUGUGAUGGAGGGAGAAUUCUUGAAAGGGAACAACCUCGAGGCUCCUGGUCAGGAGAACAGUCUGGUUAAGAAGACUCAGCUGUUGGAUCGUGGCCAGUGGGCAAACAAGUUGGAGUUCUUGCUGGCCGUUGCAGGAACCUUGGUUGGGCUUGGAAACCUCUGGAGGUUCCCCUAUUUGUGCUACAAAAAUGGGGGAGGUGCAUUUCUGGUUCCUUACGUCCUGUUCCUGCUCGCUUGUGGAAUCCCAAUGUUCCUUCUGGAGACGGCGAUGGGACAGUUCACAUCUCAGGGGUGCAUCACUUGCUGGAGGCACUUCUGCCCCCUGUUUGAAGGGAUUGGUUAUGCCACCCAGGUUGUGAUUGCAUACGCUGCUGUGUCAUAUAUCGUCAUCCAGGCGUGGGCUUUCUUCUACCUCUUCUCGUCCUUCAGGGCUGAGGUGCCAUGGGCCAGCUGCAGGAACACCUGGAACACAGAGUCUUGUGUUGAAUUUGAUAAAAGAAAUGCAUCCUCCAACUGGACAACAGCUGCAAAUGCAACAACGCCUGCAACAGAAUUCUGGGAGAGGCGCGUUCUGGGUAUAUCUGGAGGAAUCGAGGAGGUUGGUAGUCUGAGGUGGGAGUUGGCUUUGUGUCUCCUUCUGGCCUGGAUCCUGUGCUACUUCUGUGUUUGGAAAGGAGUGAGAUCGACUGGAAAGGUGGUUUACUUUACAGCCACUUUCCCCUAUGUGAUGCUAAUUGUUUUGUUGGCCCGGGGACUCACUUUGCCGGGAGCCAUGAAUGGAAUAGCCUUCUACCUGUAUCCUGACCCGACAAGGUUGGUGGACCCUCAAGUUUGGAUGGAUGCAGGUGCACAAGUUCUUUUCUCUUUUGGGAUUUGUCAGGGGAGUUUGACAGCUCUGGGCAGUUACAAUCAGUAUAACAAUGAUUGUUACAAGGACACAUUUGUGCUGUGUUUGGUGAAUGGCGGGUCAAGUUUUGUAGCAGGGUUUGCUAUCUUCUCAGUUUUGGGUUUUAUGUCUUAUGAACAAGGACUGCCAAUAUCUGAAGUGGCUGCUUCUGGGCCUGGCUUGGCUUUUAUCGCCUAUCCACGAGCAGUAGCCAUGAUGCCUUUACCUCAGUUAUGGGCCAUAUGUUUCUUCGUUAUGGUCAUCUUGUUGGGUGCUGAUACACAGUUUGUCAGUUUGGAGUGCCUGAUGACCUCAGUGACCGACAUGUUCCCCAGUGUGUUUCGAAGAGCUUACAGACGAGAACUGCUGCUACUUUGUCUUUGUUCUGUGUGCUUCUUUCUCGGCCUUCUCCUUGUCACAGAGGGAGGCUUGUAUUUCCUUCAACUCUUUGACCACUAUGUCUGCAGUGGAAACAAUCUUCUACUUCUGUCAGUGUGUCAGUCAAUAGCAAUCGGAUGGAUAUAUGGAGCAGAUCGGCUCUAUGACAACAUUGAAGACAUGAUUGGUUACCGUCCAUGGCCACUAAUGAAGUAUUGCUGGCUUUACAUCACCCCCAGUGUUUGUCUGGGUACCUUCAUCUUUUCAGUCGUAAAAUACAAACCACUCAAGUUCAACAAAACCUACAUCUACCCAACCUGGGCCUACGCUUUGGGCUGGUCUCUUGGCCUCUUCUGUGUUCUCCUGGUUCCUCUAUGGAUGAUUUGUAAGAUGGCUCAGAUGAAAGGGACGAUGGGGCAGAACCUCAGACAACUUUGUCGCCCUGAAAACAAGACACACAGCACAGCGAAGCAACCAGAACAGUACCCUCUGAACCCCGACAACACCCUUAGUCCUGCUGCCAAUGAAUACAAGGCAAGUGGGGGAGCUGAGAUGGAGAUGCAAAUGUGAGAUGAUUUUGAUCAUGUUUUGAAUAUAAUGUUUUAUCUCUCACUGAAGUUUUACAAGCUAUUUUUUAGGGACGUAUGACAGGCAAUAUAUUCAGAAGACUUCCAGCUCCAAUAGUUUACCAUAUCCAGUCUGCAUCCAGGACAAAAAGCAUUGAGUCUUGUCUUAUGGUUAAAUGUCUCUGAUCUACAGCUACAUACAGUAUUGAAGCUUAUUAGCUCUCUGAAGGACACUUACAGUCAAAACAACAUUUUAAUGGUUAUGAUUAAGAUGAUCCAUGUGUCUAUGUUUCAGUAUGCCCCCUUCAUAACCUGAUAUCCUCAGGCCUGGAACUCUCCAGGUCAUUUUAGGGCACGCCCAAGGCCAAUAAUCAAGAAGUGAUGAACAAAAUGCAUCUGCAUACUUGCCAUGGACCUACAAACAGUUAAAGCCGUGGUGACGUAGGAUUGUUUAGUUUGUAAGUAUUUAGCAGUUUUUGACAAUUUGAUUUACGGGUUGUUGAAAGAUACAUUAAUGGUUGAAACAGACUUCAAAUUCAAAAGCAAUACAACAAACCCCAUGAAGUAACGCAACAGGAAUGUGGUGCAAAUGAUCGAAUGCUGAAUCAAAUGUGUAUUUGCGUUGCCUUUUGUGGUAACUGCAUUUUAUUUAUGCUGUUUGUAGCAUAUUUUUUUUGUGUGCAACAUGUUUCAGUUACUGAACUUGUUUUGGAUUAUUGCAUUUGUUUUUUAAUUUGUAGCCAUUUUCAGCAUUGCAGUGGGUUUGGCCUCGUCAGCACACACGGUUGUAAAAUAAUCUCAUGAACAAAAUGAGAUUAUUUAUUUUUGGAGAAAUUAUAUGGAAUUGUUGGUUUUCUACCAGCCUGAUGUAGGUCCAACAUUGAUCCAUAUCAGUAGCAGGCAACUGAUAAGUCACAGUAAUACCCCACAGCUUUUUAUCUGUCUACUUUUCAUAUCACACACAUCCCAAACAAGCUCACUGCUUUUGGUUGGUUUGAUCAGUGCCAGGAUAGGUUGGCUGGAUAUCUGGAAUGUGGGCCAGACGCAUCUGCCAGAGCAAAUAAUUCAUGAGCUUGCAGAUUGUCUGGUUCCCAGGCUAAAGAUCAGGAGAUCCCAGUCUUGAUUAUCAAUGUCAACAAAAUGCUCUGACUUUUAACUCUGUAAAAGAAUUACAAAAUUUAACUGCUCCUUUAAAAGAUAUCAUCAUCAGCAGGUGAUGUAGUAGUUCUUAUUUUAUGGCUCUAUAUGCAAUCUGUACGUUUUACCCUGAAACUUUAAUUUGGUUAUGUUUUUUCUUUCAAAAGAAAAUCCUUCAAAUUUCAGUGAUGACCAUAAGACAGUGUCAGCUACAAAGUGCAAACCACUUGUGGCAUGCAUACAUUUCUCUUUGCUUUGUCAAAGACGUGAAGAAACAUACACUUACAGUUCUGUCUUAUGCGUUCCAGGGGCCGUAUUCAUUAACAUCCUAUCCUCGCUUAAAAAGACCUAGCAAGGAGUCCUUGCUUAAAAGUGAUUUCAUAACACUCUUAUAUCAACUCCAAGAGAGAGAAAAGGACAGAAACUUUUAUCUAAGUGAGGGGGCGGGCUUACCCUGUUGCUGGGUAUGACACGUUCUUUUGUAAGCUGUGAUUGGUUGAUUCAAAAAGCAGGAAAAAACAGACUUUAAAGUGAACAACCUGCAAAGUGUUUUAAAAUACAUACCUCUGUGCUGCUCUCCAUAUUGCUGGUUCUGUCAGUGUGUGAAGAGACUACUCAUCACUAGUUACAUUCCUGACAUGCCUGAUCUGAAUAAAAGGGCUUCAUAUAAACACUUCAUUCGGAAUAGAAUUCUCUGAUCCGAUUCAUUAGGAAUCUCUGUUCAGAGCAGUAUGUCCCAAAUGUAUGUGGGGCAAGACAUGACAUAUUUCUGCUUUACCAUUCCCGGAGCAGAAAUGGUAAAGCAGACACAUUGCUGGAGCAAAACAAAAGUGUUUCUUACGUACAAUAAAGGUCAAUUUUUAAGUAAAACAAAGUAAACAAACAAACAAACAAAAACAAACAAACAAUUUUUGUUUGGGACGAAUGAAAAAAUAAAAAUCGAGAUUUUCCGAAAUUCCUCCGAGUCUCUCCCUCUGGGACACCCGUAGUUAACACCCCCCCCCCUUCACCACAGAGACGCACACACAACAGCAUGGCUACCGGCGCAAAUCCUGAGUUUCGUCUCAUAGGAACAGUAUAUUUUCGUCAGCUGUUUGGAACUGGUUCAGGUUUGCAGCUUCGGACCAUGAACAAACCAGAGCACCCGCAAUAUUUAGUUUAAAAGCUGUGGAAACUUGUGUCAACAUCUCAAAGACAUGCAGCUGAGUGGCGAAAGUGUGUCUCACUACGGAAUUGACAAGACCGCUAAAUCCAUCAAAUGUGUUUAAACUCCUGACUCGCUCAAUAAGUCCAUGUUCAAUCAUAGAAGCGAGCUGUGACGUUAAAUGAGACAAAGAUGAGUGUAGAGACGCAGCUGUAAACGCUGCACUUCAAAGCACCACUGCAGACGCUUAGUUGAACAAUGCUAAAAACGCUACUUCUGACAAUUCAUUCACAGUAAAAGUCUGCAGAUGUUGACAUUCAUUGAGGACUUUUAUUGUGAACGCCCCCAAUAGGAAAAAAACGUGUAGUCAAUUGCUGCUUGACUCACCUCAGCAUGACAGAAAUGAAACCUAAACCUAUAGGAGCAGUAACACAAUAGCACAUACACAAAGAAUAAAAAAAAAACACCUUUUUCUCAUGUUAUGCUCAGACAUGAACUCUGUAUGCCAUCAUAUGUUUCUGCAAAUAAUUGCAGCCUUCUGUGUUUAUGUAAACAACUCUCCUUACAGUAAAAAAGUGCAUCUUUUGAGACCAAAUUACAGCUUGUGCCUACCCAAGGGGAAAAUUCAGUUGGUAUUUGCUACAUUUAAUUCAUAAAAUAAAACAUGCCUUUAUUAAAUUUUUGUCAAUUGUGUGUGUUUUUUAAACAAGGAUAAGAAAAAAAUGUUUAAAAUCGUAAAUCGAUUUUUUUUAUAAGAAAAUCAGGGAUUAGAUUUUUAGGUCAUAUCGCCCAGGCCUAUGAGAAAGUCUCAGAUUGACUGAAAUACCUGCUUAAAUAUUUUUUGUCUCCUCCACUCAAGUAAAAUCACAAAAGAAUACUCUCAGUAAAAACUCCAUUUUGUCUUCUACACUCCUUUUUCGUGCUAGUUCUUUCCUUGUGUACCCUUAUCUUUAUUUGUUCAUGUUUGUUUUUUUUAACCAACCUACUUAUUUAGUAUCUAAUGUAAAUUGUAUUAAGCUGUCACAGACUGUCAUUGUUUGUGUUAAUGCCUGUCUCUCCAUUCAGCUAUUUUCUCCUCUGUUUAAAGAAAUGCCUGCUACUCCUCGCGAUUUUCCACCUCAGGAGUUUUUUAGGGGUCAGGAUGUUUUGGGAAUAACUUUUAUCUUCACCAACAUCCAGUCUUAAAUUUAAGGGGACAUUCAAAACUCAUGAUUCUAAGAAUUUUCUUAGAAAUUUGUCACUAGGAGCGACUCUUUGGAGUAAGGAAGCUUUGGGUGUACGACCCCUAGUCCAUGUGUGAAGCUGCAGAUCACACCAGAAAACCUGGUGGUUGUUAUAAUCAGAGCACACCGUAAUGUUCAAAGCUGACUGCCACUUCAGAUCAAUGUUUUUUCAUUUCUUUGUUGUUGGAAGUCCCUCUUCUUGGAAAGCCUCUGGUACAAGUCUUAAACUGUAUGUCACUUAUGUAUCCCACAGAUGCUGUAAGACUCCAAAAAUUCCUCACAUUUUCAUGUUGGGCCAUAAAAAAUACAUUAUGUUUUUGAAAAGUGAACUGGCAUCUCCAGUAAAUUGAACAGCUCCCAUAUUUUGUUUCUGAAGCCAAGUCCCUUCUGACUGAGUGACUGUUGCCCCCAUAGGAUGAUAUCAAUAUUAAAACAAUAUAUCUGUGUCUGCCUUGAAAAAUGACUUUAUUUCGAGCUGGUAUCUGUUAAAUGUUUUUUCUUCCUUUGCUCUAAAAACUCCCUGAAACUUAAAAAAAAAGGAAAAUUUUAGUUCAGACAACAAAAUAUCCAAUUUACAGUUAAAACCACUUUUGUCCUCUGAGGAAGAAUCUUUCUUUUUGGAGGCUUUUCUUUAUUUAUGCCCUGACUUUCUACUUAGAGGUUGGAUGAAAGAGGUUAAACUACUAUUUAUGCUCUUAGAUUUUAUAAAUAUCUCAGCCAUCCCAGCCAAUUAGAUCCAGCUUAUUAGGCUUUAUUGUGCACUUUUCACUCAAACAGAUUUUGAUGCUAAGCUAUAAGUUUUAUACCCUCACCUAUGAUGCUAUUUUCCGAUAUUCUUAGCUGUAGCUCAGACAUUACAUUUGUUUAUCUUUGGCCUUUGAACUUUGUAGUACUUUAUGUUCAAUAUACUGUAUAUUUCAGAUUUGUGUGUGUGUUUGCAGUCAAAGUACAGUUCAGAAAAUACACAUCAGUGUUUCAAUUGUGAUUGUGAUUUUGUUUUCAAAGUAGACUGAACUUGUCAAACUUUUGAUUGCCAUAUGAUCUCCUCAGUAGCAAAGACUGCUGAAGCACAUAGGUAAUGAAGUAUUUACAACAUUGACAUGACAUGAAAAACCUCAUCGUUCAGUAAGAGAUACUUUUAACUAAUAGCCUUAAUCCAAACUCAAGCGCUGGAUGAAAUAAAAAAUAAAGCCUGCAACAGUUUUCCUACUCACAUGUUCAAUAAAUCUAUCCAUCCAUUAUCUAUACCACUGGUCCUGUGCACAGAUGGAGCCAAUCCCAGCUGUCAUUAGGUGAGAGGUAGGAUACACCCUAGAUUAGUUGCCAGCCAGACAAUCAUUGUUUUACGAGUCUUCCCACAGCUUUUGGAAAUAAAUUCAAACAUGUUUUGACUUGCACUACAAUUAUUUUUGCCCGGUGUUUCGACUGCUGGCCCAACUGUUUUUGUUCUGUCGAUGUUGUAAAAAUGCUGUGUGGUACAUAACUGACUGGAUUCUUGGCAGUAUUAAAAGUGUAGAUGACUGAAGGUGAUUAACCAUCCUUGCAUACAGUGCUUAACAAAUUUAGUAGACCACCUGUCAUAAAAACGAGAAAACAUAAAUAUUUUUAGAAAUCUUUCAAAAACUUGUUUAAAACUAAAAACUAAAACUAAAAA